UGGUCAAUUAAAAUGUAUAAAAAUAAACAAAAAAUUCACUGAGUUUGCUUGCCACAGGAACACAAAAGAAAUUCCGAUUCAUUAUUCAUUGUAUGUACAAAAAGAACGCCAUUGCAUUUGAUGUUUCAUGCCUAAAGAUAAGCAGUUCGAACCACCACAAAAUUCCUGGUUAAAUCAUUAUGGUUGAUAUAAAAGGAAGAAUAUUUUAAUGAUGUGGAUUUCCAAAGUUGCAGUCGGAUUAAUCGUUUCAAUGGUUUUAUUGGCAAUAUUCUUGGCUAACGUUAUCAGUUUGAUAAACACGCAUUCGGUAGAGUACAAUGACCAGAACAAAGAAGAGGUUUUUCAAAUUGGGGAUAAGUUUAACAAUUUGAUUUGGUUUUUACAGAUCUCAGACAUUCACAUAAGUAUAUUUAGAGACCCCUCGAGAAUAACCGAGUUUAAAGAGUUUUGUGACUACACCAUAGAUAGAAUAAAACCGAAAGUUGUCCUAGCAACUGGAGACCUGACUGAUGCUAAAACCAAAGAUUCCAUCGGAUCUAGACAAUACAAAUCCGAAUGGCAACACUACAAAGAUAUUUUACAACAGUACGAAAUUGAAAAGAAAACUAUUUGGUUAGACAUUAGAGGAAAUCAUGAUAAUUUUAAUGUAAUGAGUGUACAAUCUAAGUACAACUAUUUUACCAACUACUCAAUUCAAGGAAAAACAAACCCCAAAUCUUACAUGAUGCAAGUGAAACAAGGAAACGAGAUUUAUUCGUUUUUGGGGGUUGAUGCAUGUUUGGAACCAGGUCCAAGAAGACCUUUUAAUUUUGUCGGAAUGAUAGACGAACCUGAAGUACAACAAAUAAAUCAUUUAGUGAAGGAAAUUGAAAAAUCAGGAAGCAACUACACAAUAUGGUUUGGUCACUUCCCAACUUCAUGUAUUCUAUCGUCCGGUUCAGAAAAUAUUAGAAGUUUAAUUAAAAAAGAUUCAAAAGGAUUUGUUUAUGUGUGCGGCCAUUUGCAUACUUUAGGUGGCUUGGUCACAAAUAUGUAUACCAUGCAAAAAGGUGACUAUUUGGAACUCGAACUGGGAGAUUGGAAGGAUAAUAGAAUGUAUCGGCUUAUGGCUAUAGAUCAUGGUUUGUUUUCCUUUAUUGACAUACAUCACAGGGACUGGCCAGUGAUUCUACUAACCAAUCCCAAGCACGCUCUAUUUUUCAAUCCUUCAAAGGAAAAUAUUAGAAAUAUCAGGCAGUCAACUCAUAUAAGGGCUCUAGCUUUUAGUAUUGCAAGAAUAGAAACUGUUAGGAUAAGAAUUGAUGGUGAAUCUUGGACUGAUUUGAAGCAUAUUAAGGGGCCUCUGUAUGUGGCUACUUGGGAUGCACAAAGAUAUAGUCAAGGACUUCAUAAUAUUGAGAUUUACGUGAAAGAUAUUGAUGGCAGAGAAAAGACUGAAAAAAUCCCAUUCUCUCUAGAUGGCACAAAAUUGUCAUUCGGCCUACUCUCAAGAUUCGCUCUCAUGUCGAAUCUUAGCUGUUUGUUUAAGACAGUAUUUAUUAUUAUCGUCUCCCUUAACAUUUUUCCAUUAAUACUUACCAGAUACUUCCACAAAGCUGUAAUGCUUAGUAGAUUUUCCCUACCAAGAAUGCGUGGUAACUUCCAGAAGUCGUGGUUAAGAAAACUAUGGAUAAUGACAACCAUAGAUCGUAUAUUUUGGCCGAUGGUCUUGUAUCCAGUCUACCUUAUUUUCGGUCCUUGGUCUAUCGGUUUUAUUGUCGAAGAUUAUCUGGGAGUGAUUUUUUCGUGGGGCAUUUUCGUCGGCGGAUCCUUUUUGCCAGGAUCUUUUACAUACGCUUAUGGAGUUAUACAGAUUGUUACAUUCCAAAUUCCAUUGACCUUUAUUAUCAUCAACACUGUCAAUAGAAGAUACACUGAAGUCUUACUGAAGACUGCUAAAAAAUCAACAAUAAAACGUCUUAUAUUCAUGCAUCUUCCUUUCGGCCUAGUGUUCUUAAUCCAAUUGGGCAUGGCUUAUCUUUUUUGGUUGGCCUACGGCACGUUGGCCUUUAUUUUAGGGCCUCUACGUACGUGGUCUCUUGUUUUAGCCGCUGCAUUGUAUUAUGUCGCCCUGCAUCUACCAGAAAAGUGUUUUAGGCAAGCCAAACAAAUUUGCUUAAAUAAAUCUGAACUAAACAUCGCUGAAGAUAUUGUGGAUGCUGCGCUCGAACAAUCUUCGGCUGGAAAAUUGGGUAAAGGUAACUGAAAGUGAUAUUAAGUUUAUACAUUUUAUUUAUUUAUAAAUCUCUUGUGAUAUUUCAAAACUAAUAUGUAAUAAUAUAAUAAAAUUAACUUUUUUUUUUCUUAGAUUUUGUGGCAUUUUGAUACAAUAUUUUAAUUGUUUAUUCAACUAGUUACCUCUAUAAAUUUGAUGUGCCAUUUUAGGUCUAGAAUAAUAGGUGAGCGCUUAUUGAAUGAGUAAUCCAAUAAUUGAUUACAUUUGAUAUUAAAAUAACAAGUAAAUCAGAUAAAUAGUGUGCAACAGAAAUCCUAUGCUUCUAUAUCACUUUUAUAAUGUCCAAAUCGAUUAGUAGGUGGACCAUGCAGAAAAAAAUCACGUGGUUAAAAAUCGCUCACCUAUUAUACCUUAACUAUUUAUUAAUUACAGAAAAAAAAUAUUUAGAUAUGUGCUCAAAAAAAAAAGACGCUUCUCUAUCUGAAUACUUGUAGUACUUCUAGACUGAUUUUUUUUAGAAAUAGGUACUCAAUAAUCACACAUAUUUUUGUAGUUUUUAAAUAAUUUUGUGAGGGUAUUUGAAAGAAUAACAUCUGAUAUUGAUAUUGUGGCCUAUAUUAAGCCUUUCAGAUUUUGACUGAUAUCAAAAUGCCUAAAAAAUAUCUAUUUAUUGUUAAAAUACAAUCUAGUGAAUGUCUAUUUUUGGCACUGGUAGAGAAUAUUGUGGUGAGAAAAGUUUAAUAUUUUAGCAAUAAUUUAGGUAGGUAGUUAGUUUGUGAUAUUUAUUUAAUUUGACUUCAUAUAAUUUUAUGUUCCUUGCAAUGUAACUUAUGAAGAUUUAUAUUACCUGUAAUUUUUGCUUUCAACAUACAUACCUACUAAAUAUAAAAUGCAUUUAAUGUUUUUAUUUAUAAAAAAAUUUAGUAUUGAGAUUAUUAUGUGUGAAUAUAGAAAAUAAAACACCACAGGAUAUAAUACUUUAAUUAUAUUUUGCGUUAACUUAAAGUCAUUGAUAAAUAUUAAUUAAUUACAACUGUGAAAAACCACCCUACACCUAAUUGACAACAUUUUUUAUAACUAAUUUGGUUUACUAGCAUAAACAAUAAUUAAUUUAUAAUUUACGUCUAUUUUCCCUUCAUUAUUAUUAUCACAGUCGUAUUUGUAAAUUUUCGCUAUUUCGUUCAUAAAGUCUUCUAAAUACUGGACUUUUUCUUCUGAAUCAAGUUGAGGUAGAGUCGGAUUAACUGCCACUAUUGAACCUAAAAUCACAAAAUCAGAAAAGUCGCAUUUGAUUCAAUUAAACUUUUCACCUUCUAAUAGUUUCAAAUUCGGAAAAAUAAACUGUCGAUCCUCGACUACGCAUUUGCAAUUCUCGAACCCUAUUUCCAAUAGCAUUUUCUUCAAAACCUUUCCUGGGUCCUCGCAGUUGUGAUAAGGCGAAAUCAUUUCCGGUCUCAGAUAUUUGGCCCAAAUUAUUUUUUUGGAUAUGUUUUGAUAUACGUCGAAUAUGGGGUUAGUUCCGAGGAAGCUCAGCAAAAUAUCUCCGCCCGGUUUAAGCAUGUUGUAGAUAUUUUCAAAGACGGAUCUGAAAUUAUAUAGAAUUUUAGUAAUAUUCUAUGUAGGAUUUGCAAGAGACACAAUAUUUUUUGUCAAUCUUGGCAGAAACACUGCUUGCAUAAAUCACAGACAGAAAACACUUGGCAAAUGUUUAGGAAUCACAAGUUGUGGAGCUGAAGCCAUAGCUUUCUAUUUCAACUAGAGUAUAAUGAUACUUACAAUCAUGACAAAACGAAAUGCAAAGUAUUACAGUCAAUCACAAGUCAUUAGACUAGCAGGCAUGGGUGCUAGCUAGUACAAAGACAAAAUAUAGGAAUACAAAAAUUUAAAAACGUAAAAAGUAUAAAGUAUAAGGAAAAUGGAUAAAGUUAAACACAUUUAUACAGGCAAGAGAGAUACUGGGGGGGAUGGUACGAGGUUUGAUAUUUUGCUUGAAAACAUGGUUAAACUCGUAAUCAUAGGUUGUUUUGUGAUCAGCAGGAAUUUUACUAUACAUUUUUGAUAUUUGGUAGCUAAAUGAUCUCUCAUACAUUAAUGUAGCAUACAUGGGACGAGUUAUUGUAAAUUUAUGUCUAAGCUCCAACAUCAUAGUGAAACCUAAUUUCAUUAUAUAGAUAGCCAGGACAUCUUUUACAAAUCAAUUUGUUAAACAGAAGUAAACUAUGCAGUCCGCAUCUUUCAUAUAUUCUUAGCCAUUCAAUUUCGUAUAAAUUGGCACUUAUGGCCCCUAAUACUACCUCUUGACUGUUAAUCUAUAGUGUCGAUUUUCCAGAAUCUUCAGAGUUUUCAGUAUUGAGUCGCUAGGAUCUUG